AUGUCCUCCAGCACGCCCCAGGAUCAGUUCAUUGCCCUAGUUGCCAAGGGCGGUAAGUUGAACGAAGCUGACAUCGAGGUUGUCUACAAUAAGCUUCCCGCUCUUCCCAUCGAUCUCCUUCGUGGAGAGUGGAAGGGUGGAAGCUUCGACACCGGUCACCCCGGCCACACCCAACUCUUGUCUAUGAACUGGCUCGGAAAGACCUUCCAUUCCACUGAGAAUGUCGACCCUAUUGUUGUGUCAAAGGAUGGAAAACGUGUUUGCGAUGAGAACUGGGGUCAUGCUGUGCUCCGUGAAAUCCGUUUCCGUGGUCUGCUGUCAACCGCUAUGAUCUACGACAAGCACCCUAUCAUUGACCACUUCCGUUAUGUUAAUGACAAGCUCAUUGCUGGAGCCAUGGACACUAGCACCUUCGGUGACGCUGGUACCUACUACUUCUACCUAUAUAAAUAG